AGAAAAUGACAAAGAAAUAAGCCAUCCCACUUCAAACCGACGCACCAUAUCGAUCCCAACAAAAGGCGUUGCAUCUUCACUCCACAAAAACCACGUGGUUUAUAAUGCCAUCAUGUUCCCUCGAACCACGACCCUCAUAAAGCACCUUAUCACCCCUCAUACAAGGCUAUUCAGCAGGUCCCUCCCUCCUAAACCUCCCCUACCUAAGAGAAUAGAGGAGAAAGGAGGAGAAAACCGGCGAGUGAGAGAGGGCGCAAGGUCGGGAGGUCUUGGUCACACUGAAGCUCACUCUCACUCUCACUCUCACUCGCACAUUCACUCACUCACCUCAGUCAUGUCCACGCACAAGGCAGAGGACUUGAGCUGCAGACUCCAGCAGAACGGGAUGACCAACGGCUUUGGGCCCAAGACCCCCUUCCUCAUUGGGGUGGCAGGAGGAACGGCUUCGGGAAAGUCGACAGUAUGAAGAAGAUAUGGAAAAAUUUGGGGCCCGG